AUGACGGACACAUUCGUUGCCAAGUCUGCUCUGCAGGAGGUAUCUGAGCCUACGGAUGAAAAGCAAGACUCCAGCUCGGAUGCGGUUUCGUCAAAUUCUACCGAUGGCAAGAAACCUCCGCCAUUAUCUGCCAAAUUCUUUGCCGUGGCUUUGAUCGCGUCCAUCAGUUUUGGUUCGCAUUGGAGCUCUGGCGUGACCGGGGCUAUGAAGAGUACCAUAAAGAAGGGUAUGAAAAUCAACAAUACGCAAUUCUCGCUAUUGGAAGCCAGUGAGGAUUUCAUGGCUACUGUCCUGAUGCUGCCUAGCGGUUUGAUCACCGAUCGGGUUGGUGGCGCCGAGAUGAUUGUCUACGGAAAUAUCAUUUACACCCUUGGGUCAAUCCUGGUCGCUGCUGCUACGACUAUCCGAUCAUUCAAGUUUAUGAUUGGCGGCAGGAUCAUUCUCGCAUUCGGUGAUAUCGCUACACAGAUGGCUCAAUACAAGAUGUUCUCCUCAUGGUUUGCUCCGAACAAUGGGUUUGCGUCUACAUUAGCCUUUGAGUUGGCAAUCGGAAAAGUUGGCGGCUUCAUCGGGAAAUCCACAGCCAACAUCAUCGUCAAGAACACCGGCAACUUCGCCUGGGUCUUCUGGACAGCCGUCUUCAUGAACCUCUUCACCAAUGCCGCGACUACAAUAUUCUGGUUCUUCAACAAAUACUGCGACAAGCACUACAGAGGACGCCGCGACAUCGCGACUAAGGAACAACUCACAGAGAAAAACAAGAAAUUCGAAUUCAAGAAAGUCUUCCAGCUUCCAUGGAUGUUCUGGGCUAUUCUCAGUUUCUCCGUGUUCCAGACUAGCGCCGCUCUGACAUUUAGCCAAAACGCGACGGAGCUCGCGGAGCAGAGAUUCGACGUAGAUUCCAUUACAGCGGGCUGGUAUAGCUCUUUGUCACAGUAUACAGGUUGUCUCCUCGUUCCUAUUCUAGGCCUUUUCAUCGAUAUUCUCGGCCAACGCGCCUCAAUCCUCUUCGUCUGCGGUCUCGGCAUGCUUCUGAGCAUGUGUCUGGUCAAUUUCGCCCCAACCAAGGCUGGAACCGGCGCAUCGUUCGGUAUCUACGCCGUUGCAUCCUCACUAGGCCCAACCACGCUCAUUGACGGAAUCCGCACAACCAUCUGGCACCAAUCUGUUUUCGGAUCAGCUUUCUCUCUCAAAAUGACAAUGAAUAAUGCAAUGAAUAUCAUAAUCCGUAUCAUCACCGGCGCCCUGCAGGACGCAGAUGAUAACUCAUAUCGCCGCGUGGUGCAGGUGUAUCUAUUCUUGUCUGCGGCGUCGACGGUCGUCGGGGCGGCGCUACUGAUGGGCACUUAUGUGACGCCGUACCUGGCGCCCUUACAGUGGACAAGGCUUCAGCGCAAGACGAUCGGUUCGGAGGUCAUUGGGGCCAACAAGGAGCGGAGCUUGGUGACAGAGGCGAAGAAGACGAAGCGGAUUUCGUUGGUGUGCUUUGGAACAUUGUCGCUGUUGACUGUCGGGGCUGACCCGCGCGCCGCGAGAGUACGACACAGUCGUAUCUCCCGUCAGCAGACUACCCCCGGAUCCCGUGCCAGAAAACAACCAAGGCGGCCCGGGGUGGGUGAGGUGAAGGUGGUAUGGUUGUUGAAGACUUUCGCUCCGCAAAUAAACGCCAAAAGCAUUCCCGUUCCCAGCCGAUGA